AUGGAUGUUGUUUGUUUUGGUUUUGGUUUUAGUUUUAGAAGGUUGUUUCUUGGAGCUUUGUUAUCUUUAGGAAUCAUGUGCUUUAUGCUUCUUACUAUCUCAACAAUGAAUCUUCAAACAAAAAGAACAAUUCUUGUUCCAAUCAAUGUUAAUGUUAUCUCCAAACAUUUAAAGUUGGUUGAUAUGAAGAGACAUGUUCUGCAUUCAAAUUCUAAACUUGUCUAUGUUAGCAAGAGAAGAGUACCAAAUGGACCUGAUCCAAUACAUAACAGGAGAGCAGCAAAAUAUAGACAACCACCUAAUCAAGCAUGA